AUGACGGAAACGAUGGCGCUGACUGGGAACUGUAGGACUAUCACCAAAGAGCCAAAAGAGCAAGCAUCGGUGCAGAACAGUUUCCCAGAUGUUGUUGAAUUAAACGUCGGGGGUCAGGUUUAUUACACGCGCCACUCAACUUUGGUGGGUACCCCCAAUUCAUUGCUCGGUAAGCUGUUCUCCUCCAAGAAAGACGCAUCUAAUGACUUGGCGAGAGACCCCAAAGGCCGUUAUUUCAUCGACAGAGACGGCUUUUUAUUCCGGUAUGUGUUGGACUACCUCCGGGACAGGCAGGUCGUCCUCCCGGACCACUUCCCGGAGAAAGGGAGGCUCAGGAAAGAGGCGGAGUACUUCCAGUUGCCCGACUUGGUGAAGCUCCUGACCCCUGAUGAUGUGAAGCACAGCCCGGAUGACUACUUCCACAGCGACUAUGAGGAUGGGUCCCAGGGCAGCGACCACCGGCAGUGUCCGCCCUCCUCUCUUGUCCCUGCGGACAGAAAGAGUGGCUUCAUCACGGUGGGGUACCGGGGGUCGUGCACCAUGGGCCGAGAGACUCAGACCGACGCCAAGUUCAGGAGGGUGCCUCGGAUACUGAUCUGCGGUCGGGUGGCCCUCGCCAAAGAAGUUUUCGGGGAGACCCUGAAUGAGAGCAGGGACCCGGACAGGACACCGGAUCGGUACACCUCCCGGUUUUACCUCAAGUUCAAGCACCUGGAGAGGUCUUUUGACAUGCUGUCGGAGUGUGGGUUCCAAAUGGUGGCCUGCAACUCUUCAGUCACAGCCUCGUUUGUCAACCAGCACACGGAGGACAAGAUCUGGUCCAGCUACACAGAAUACGUCUUCUACCGUGGUCCAUCCCGUUGGUCCUCCCCUCCAUGUGACUGCUGCUGCAAGAAUCACAAGGGCGACGGCGAGGGCGAGAGCGGCACCUCCUUCAACGAGCUCUCCACCUCCAGCUCUGAGAGCCAGUCAGAAGCCAGCUCUCCCCAGGGAACGGUCAUCUGUGGCCCCGUCAGCCGCCAGUCACACCAUCAUGCCAACGUCCAAACCCUGGACCGGCCGCCGAAAAAGGGCCCCAUCGCCAUGCUCCAGCAGUCCGAACAGCGGCGGAAAAGUGAUUUGAUGCGCACGCUUACGGCGAGCUCCCGCGACACCAGCACGUGCAAGAAAAGGCCGGCGAAAGAGAAGCUGACGGUCGAGGAGGAGCUGGAUAAGUGCAUUCAAGACUUCCGCAAGAUCAAGAUCCCAGAGAGGUUCCCCGAGAGGAAGUACAUGUGGCAGGCCGACUUGCUGAGAAAGUACCGCCUCUGA